AUGGCCUGCACUUUGGUCCCAAAGAAGACCGUCUUAAGGAUAUAUCAACUCUUCAUCAUCUUUCUGAUUUUCACCGAAAAUGCAUUCUGCUCACAGCACAACAACAACAACAACGUCUAUGUAUCAGGAAUUUCAAAUGCUUGUGGUGAGGUGGCAGAGCAGAUCAGGGCUUCCAGCGGAGUAAUAACAAGCCCAGGCUGGCCCUUUGAGUACCCCUCCCGAGUCAACUGCAGCUGGAACAUCAGGGCCAAUCCAGGAGAGAUUAUCACUAUCAGUUUUCAAGAUUUUGAGAUCCAGAGUUCUCACAGAUGUGGACUGGACUGGCUCUCCAUCGGUACCUACAAGAACCUGGACGGGUAUCGAGCCUGUGGCUCGUCCAUCCCAGCCCCUUACAUCUCCUCUCAGGACCACGUUUGGAUCAAAUUUCACUCAGAUGACAGCUUGACCGGGAAGGGCUUCAGGCUGUCUUACAUAACAGGAAAAUCGGAGGAGAUCAGCUGUGACUCAGACCAGUUCCACUGCUCCAAUGGGAAAUGCAUUCCCGAGUCGUGGAAGUGCAACACCAUGGACGAAUGUGGUGACAACUCAGACGAAGAGCUGUGUGUGCAGCCUAACCCCUCAGCGUUCUUCUCUUUCCAACCCUGUGCCUUCAACCAGUUCCCCUGCCUUUCCCGCUACACCCGCGUCUACACCUGCCUCCCCGAGUCGCUCAAAUGCGACGGGAGCAUCGACUGCCAGGACCUGGGCGACGAGAUCGACUGCGACGUUCCCACCUGCGGCGAAUGGUUACGCAACUUCUACGGCACCUUCAACUCGCCGAACUACCCCGACUUCUACCCUCCGGGCAGCAACUGCACCUGGCUUAUCGAUACGGGUGACCACCGCAAGGUCAUACUGCGUUUCAUGGACUUCAAGCUCGACGGUACGGGCUACGGGGAUUACGUCAAGGUUUACGACGGUCUGGAGGAGAACCCCAGGCGUUUGUUGCGUGUGCUGACCGCCUUCGACUCAAGAGCCCCCGUGGCGGUCGUCUCCUCUUCGGGUCAGCUACGCGUCCAUUUCUACGCGGACAAAAUCAACGCCGCGCGAGGUUUCAACGUGACCUACCAGGUGGACGGGUUCUGCCUGCCGUGGGAGAUCCCGUGUGGGGGGAACUGGGGCUGUUACACGGAGCAGCAACGCUGCGACGGGUACUGGCACUGUCCAAACGGCCGUGACGAAGUCAACUGCAGCUCCUGCCAAGAGGACGAGUUUCCCUGCUCCCGUAACGGCGCAUGUUACCCGCGCUCCGACCGCUGCAACUACCAGAACCGCUGCCCCAACGGCUCCGAUGAGAAGAACUGCUUCUUCUGCCAGCCCGGAAACUUCCACUGCAAGAACAACCGCUGCGUGUUUGAGAGCUGGGUGUGCGAUGCCCAGGACGAUUGCGGGGAUGGCAGCGACGAGGAGAGCUGCCCGGUCAUCGUGCCAACGCGGGUGAUAACGGCAGCGGUCAUUGGGAGCCUCAUCUGCGGUCUGCUGCUGGUCAUCGCCCUUGGCUGCACCUGCAAGCUGUACUCCCUCCGCAUGUUCGAGCGCAGGUCUUUUGAGACUCAGCUGUCCAGGGUUGAAGCUGAACUCCUGAGAAGGGAGGCUCCUCCUUCCUACGGACAACUGAUAGCCCAAGGCCUAAUCCCUCCAGUGGAGGAUUUCCCUGUCUGCUCUGGCAACCAGGCCUCAGUUUUGGAGAACCUGAGAUUAGCUGUGCGCUCCCAGCUGGGUUUCACUUCCAUCCGUCUCCCCACGUCUGGUCGCCAUGGAAACAUCUGGAGACGGCUGUUUAACUUCACCCGCUCCCGACGCUCCGGUUCUCUGGCGCUGGUGUCCUCGGACGCCGAGGAGGGGACCGGAAGUACCGGUUCGGUCCGAGAACCGGAGCGGAUCGGCUCUCACCGCGGCCUUCUGCCACUGGACUCAGACGACACUGACACAGAGAGCGAACACCACCACCGGCGUGAUGUCCCGGGGGCCGUGGGGGGCUUGGUCGCACCCCUGCCACAAAAAACUCCCCCCACGACUGCCGUCGAAGCCAUCGUUUCCGUGACGACCACCUCAGCGCCCCUGGCCAGCAGGGAGGGCAGCAUUGCCGAGAGCAUCACGGAAAGCACCGGAACCUCGGAGCCCCCGCGCCAGGCCUCUUCUCCGACCAGCAGGAGCCACCUUAGCAGCGCCCUGAGCCGGGUCACGCGCGGCCUUCGCUGGGUCCGUUUCUCCUUUGGCCGGUCUGGAGGAGGCAGCGGAGGGGCCAGCAGCGGCGGGGAGAACCACAGUCCCUUGCGGCAGCUGGAGCACGGCAGCGCAGGGACGGGUGCCACGGGAGGAGCAGGCGGCGGUGGAGGAGCAGCGGGCAGUCGCAGGGAGGAGGAGGAUGACGUGGAGCUGCUCAUCCCCGUGUCAGAUGCUGCCUCGCUGGACAGUGACUCCAGCGAGAGCUCCAGGCCUCUGCUGGAGCCCGGCGUGGAGCGGGUCUACGGGCCCCACCUGGCCUCUUCCGCCUCGCUCCGGGGUCGACCGGCCGGCAGAGACGGACCGUGCGAACACUGUGGUAUGGUCCACACGGCGCGCAUCCCGGACGCGUGCCUGGAGGCCACGGCCAAGACAGAAACGAGCGACGACGAGGCGUUGCUACUCUGCUAAAAUUAGCGUCUGACGGACGCUACACUGACAGUACAUCGUUCACAACAUUGGGAGAAGAGACGUGAUGCCCCUAACUGCUGAUCUGAGAUCAGUAAUGACAUUUUGAUUAUAAUGGGUAACGCCUAGGAAACGGGUUGGGAUUAAACUGAUCCUAGCUCUGCUGGUAGGGGCAGACAGUAGUAACUGGACCACCAAAAACGGUUCUUACCUCUGUCAGCUGUCCCCUGCGCAAAUGUUUGCCGUCUCUGUUCUGUCCUCUGCAGAGGUAAGGAUGAUUCUCAUUAAAUGCUUGCCCAAAGUUCCUCAAUAUUACCAGCUUCAGAAAGCCCACAGAGUAAAAAGAGUAUUGGAACAAUGUACAGAAAGGUACCAGAGCCCCCUCCCCUCCACCUCACUGUGCAAUUUUAC